AUGGCGCAAACACCGCAGCAACGACAAGCAAACAUGCGCUUUGCCAAAGCGCAGGAGAAGAAGAUGGGCAAGCCCGAAUCAAACGUGCCAGUCGUCAAGAAGCAAGGGCCCCAGAAGUCGCCUAUUAGCAAGCCAUGGAUUAUUGUACUGGCAUUCGUACUUUGCGGCGGUUUGCUGUUCGAGGUUCUUCGACUCUUCUUUUAA